CCUCUGUCCACCCACAUCCUCCCCAUUCCCGUUUGUCAUGCGCUCUGCUUCUGCACAAGAAAAUCAAAACAAGAUUAUAGUCUGCUGACAAUGGAGGGCAUUGAGUCAACAACUAGAGAGAGGACAACAACAAAGGAUGGUAAUCAGGAUGCUGACAACAAAGUGCUCAUGUCCAGCAAGCCUCUGCAUCGCUUUGUUAGCAAGCAGCCAAGAGCUCUAGGGGUUGUCAUUGUGAUCUUUGGCUGUGCAGAGCUCCUGGUGGGAUUUCAGCUGUCCAGUGAAGUCAUAAGGAACUCUAGCAUGAUCUACAUCCCCUUUUGGCAGGGAGCUCUGUUUCUUGUUUGUGGAAAUCUAUCCAUCUACACUGAGAUACAUCCAUCCAAGAAAAUGGUGACGGUGUGUUUGUCCAUGUAUGUUGUUUCCCUCCUGGGAAUGGUAAUCUCUCUUGGCUACAGAAUAGCCUGCAUCGACAGAUACACUGACACGACCCUAUGGCCACACCAUUAUGAGGAUCCCUGGGAAAUUGACAGAGUGGAACAGAUUUUAGGAGUUGAAAUUGUACUGCUUCUCUCCUCGCUGUGUGUGACAGUGCUUCUCAUCUUCCUGAGUGCCAUUGCACGCUUGGCUCUGAAAUCCACGCACACUCAGGUUAUUAUCCAGCGAAUCCCAGCACCACAGAGAGACACAGCAUCAAACUGAGAUCAACCCCCUUUGGUCUGUUAAGUCUAACACUGGUUUUCAUGCGGUACAUUUACCCUGAAAAUUAUGUCGUAUUGUACAUUAUAUUACAUGCUGGUGUUACAGUACCCAAAGACAACAGCAAUAUAAUCAUGCAGAAAUGCCUCUCUUAUUUCUUACACUUACUUCACUAUUUUUAACUGUGAUUAAAAAAAGCAAAACUUAACAAAAAAGUACAACCCUAAUCCCUAGAAAGUUCAGCAAUUCCAGAAUAAAGUUCCUGAGUGUAAAAUUGCAAACUAUUUGGGGAUUUCAUCAGCUACAGUGCAUAAUAUCAUUAAAAGAUUAAGACAAUCUGGAGAAAUCUUUGUACAAAAGGUACAAAGCCCAAAACCAAUGGAUGGUUGUGAUCUCCGUGUCAUCAGGCAGCACUGCAUUAAUAAUAACAGACCUGGCUCUGCAGUGGAAAUCCCUGCAUGGACUCAAAAUCACAUCUGAAACACAUUGUCUGUGAACACAGUUUGUUACUGCAUCCACGAAUGUAUGUUAAAACUACCAUGCAAAAAAGAAAACAUAUAAAAACAGAAUCUACAGACUUCUCUUGGCCUGUGCUCAUUUAUAGACUGAGGCGAAGUCGAAGAUUGUCCUGUAGUCGGAAAAAACAAAAUGAACAUUCUUUUUGGAAAUCAUGGACACUGCAUCCACUGCUCUAAGGUGGACAGGGACCACCUAGCUUGUUAUCAGCACCCUUUUCAAAAGCUAGCAUCUGUAAUGUUUUUGGGAUCAUGAAAUGAAAAAUACAAUAAACGAGAGCCCAAUGAGACAGAAACUGUGGAGCAGCUGAAAUCCUCAAUUAAGUAAGAACGGGACAUAUAAUGAGACUGGUUUCCUUUGUCCCCUAACGUUAACUAAGUUUAAAAAGAAAACAAGAUGCAACAUAAACAUACACUGUCCCAACUUUCUUGAAAUAUGUUUCUGUUAUCAAAUUUAGUUUUCAUACAACAAUAGCAUUUAAAAGUUUCAACAUUUGACUAUUGCUGUUUUUGAAUCUGAAUGGUUAAAACGAGUCACAAACUAUAAAAAUAUUUUUGUAUUGACAUUUUACACAUCAACUUUUUUAGAAUCUGGGAUGUGACCUUCAUUUGCAAGGCUUAUGUGCCCCCACUGUUUGUGUCAUUCAGUUGUCUCAAGCAAAACAACACUGUUUAAAGGUACUCAUAUAAAGAAUAAGUCAUCUAAUGGUUAAUAUUAAAUUGAUAAUUCAGUGUUUUUAGAUUACACCGGUUAAGCCUUAUGGUAGCCCACGCCUCCAUAUUUACAUCAGCAUUGCUUUGCAUUAGAAUGAAAGUUUAACAGGAUUUUUCAGCCUGUCUAUAAUUUGUGUAUUGUGAUCACCUACUGUUGGCCUUUAUCUCUUUUGUGAUAAUGUCUGAUGAGUGCCCAUGUCAUCUGCAUUAUUAUUACAGUUUGAGUAGUAUAGCUCCUGAUAUUUGCAGUAACGGUUACCAGGGAGGUACAACACAGGUUUGGCUUGCACUUUUAGCUGUAUGUGGUGCAAUAUAUGAAAUGUCUGUCUUUAUUAAAUAAAAAAUGAAAAUUU